CUUUGAUGACGAGGAACGACUUCUGUCUAUUUAUUAAGUUUUAUGACGAUUAAUUCAAUAUUUAUGCUAGAUUUUAUUCUAAUUGCAUGAUAUAAAUUAAAAGUAUUCAAAAUUUAGAAGGCAAAUGUUUUAGUUUGACAUGUUAUAGUUAUAUGUGUUUGAGUUAUAACCUCUUGAUCUGGGCUAUCAUUUUAAUUCUUGUAAUUGUCGAUUGAAUUCGUUCGUUGACGAUAAAAGAAAGUGUUUACAUUCCUAACAGUGUAUCGUGUGUUAGUGAUGUGGUGCGGAUCGUUAGCAAAACGGCCCUAUAAUAUGUGAGGAAAUAAAAUGUGUGUGAUUUGGUGUAAACGUAAAAUUACAAAGUGUUUUUGUGGUGAUCGUUGUUGGAUGCUGCCGUAGGAUUGCAAUGUCCAGGCUCGUUGAUUACUUCGUCAUUGUGGGCUUUGACCACGAAAAAGAAAGGGGCGGACAUAGUAACGGCGUCAUCCUCCAGCGAUUCCCUGAAACAAAUUGGGACGACACACCAUUUCACGAGGGCAUUGAAUGGUUCUGCCAGCCGCAAGGAUGGUCGCUCUCAACGGAGCGGUCGGAACCGCGCUUCUAUGUGUCGGUGCUGACAGACGUGGAUGCAAACAGGCACUACUGCGCCUGCCUCUGCUUCAACGAGACAGUAGCCAUCACUCCUACAAAGCCCGCAGACGAGGACGAAGAAUCCUUGGAGUCGAACCGACCAGUCGCCAAUAUUACCCACCAUAGCAUUAUGUACGCGCCAAAGUGUCUCGUCAUUGUAUCCCGACAGGAUUACAUCGAUACGUUUCGGAACUGCCUGGGUAUAAUCUACACGGUGUGGGUUGAGAACCUGGGCGUUCCGCUGGAGACGCUGGUGGGCAACCUGGUCGGCUGUGUGCUGGUGCCGGGUGCUGGUGGGCCUCAGGUGCGGUUCAGUAUCGGUGCUGGCGACCGGCAGGCGCUGCAGCCGCCCGCAGCGCCGCCCAUGCCAGUCACACACACCGCUGUGCACAUGCUGUUACGACUUCUGGGUAUCCACAAUUCGGUGACCUUAUGGUGUGCGGUGAUGAGCGAGCACAAAGUGUUGCUAGUGUCUCUCGCUGCCGCCCGUUUGUCUGCGGCGUGUCGAGCGCUGGCUGCAUUAAUGUUCCCGUUCCGCUACGCCCAUGUGUACAUACCGCUGCUGCCCGCUGGCCUCGCGGAGGUGCUGGCCACACCCACGCCAUUCCUAAUAGGUGUGCAUUCCAGUCUUAAGGAGGAGGUGUCGGAAUUGUUGGACGUUAUAGUAGCUGACUUAGAUGUUGGGUCGCUGCACAUCCCCGCGGGAGUGAAUAUCCCCCGGCCCGAAGGCAAGCUGCUCAGCUCGCUGCAGGAGGCUCUAGCGCUGGUGCUGCAGCCCGAGCUGCGCUCCGCCGACUCGGCCUUCGCCCCCCCACCGCCGGCCGCUUCGCCCCCACAUAUGCUGGAUAAGGAGAUACGAGCUGUCUUUAUGAGGACUUUAGCGAAAUUGCUGCAAGGAUAUCGACACUGCCUGACGAUAAUCCGCAUCCACCCGUGUCCAGUGCUGACGUUCCACAAGGCGGGGUUCCUGGGCGGGCGCGGGCUGGCCGCCUGCGCCUUCGCCGCGCGACUCCUCGACUCCAUGUUCUUCAACGGCCUGGUGGCGGAGCGCGGCCCGCCGUGGAGACCUACCGAUAUAUUUGAUGAACUUGUACAGAAUUUACCGGAACAACUACGCCUAGAAUCUCUGAAUCCGGAUAUAGAGUUGCAGCACAUACAGGAUCUAGCUAUGCAGUUGCAUCUCAACGAGAACCCUAAUCCACAGGUGGUGUCGCAGGCGUACCAGCAGCGCGUGCUGCGGCCGCCGGCGGGCGCGGAGGCGCGCAUCCACCAGCCGCCGCUGCCGCCGCUCGACGCUGACCGCGUGCGUGACGUCAUACGCGACGUGUCGCAGCGCAACGCCAGCAACGCCAAAUUGACAUCAUUAAGGCCGCCGCAGGCGCGGAUAGUGCCGCCCGCAGCGCCCCCCAGCGGCGGCGAGGAGCCUGGCCAGCUGCUGCUGACCAACUCGGCCAGACGACUUGAAGUGUUACGUGCGUGCGUAGCUGCUAUCUUCGAGGGUCGGUACGCGGACGCCCGUAAAUCAUUCCCCGCGGUACUGCGGGCUCUGCGCGCGCCGGCAGCUCGAGCAGCGCUCGUCAGAGACCUGGCCGCGAGGCUGCCCACCAACAAACAUCUGCUGCAGCAUCACCAGUUCGAACUACUCGUCAGGUUGAUGAACUGCGCGCUGCAGUCGGCGACGGCGCUGGACGAGCACUCAAUAGCGGCGGCGAUGUUGCCGCUGGCCACCGCCUACUGCCGCAAGCUGUGCACCGGCGUCAUACAGUACGCCUACAUGUGCAUACAGGAGCAUCAAGUAUGGACCAGUCAGCAGUUUUGGGAGGCGGCUUUCUAUCAAGAUGUUCAGAGGGAUAUAAAAGCCCUGUACCUGCCCAGUCCUACACAUCACCAAAGGGUGCCCAGUCCAAGGGAAGAUGAAGAAUACAUAUCAUUACUAAAAGCACAAGAACCAAGUGCGUUAGAGAUAGCUGCGGAACAAAUGAGGUUAUGGCCUACACUACCCCCAGAGAAGCAAGGCGAGUUAAUAGCGAGCGAGGAGUCGACGCUGUACAGCCAGGCGAUCCACUACGCCAAUAGGAUGGUGUACCUGCUGCUGCCGCUGGAGGGCGCGGGGCGGCGCGCGGACGCGAGGGGGGAGGACGCCGAUAGAGCCAGCAAUAGUAUUACUAACAGUGUGGCGGAGUCUGACAGCGCGGACGCGGAGUCCGGCUUCGAGGAGGCGGACCCCGGGGAGGCGGGAAACAACGUUAUUAAGAUGGUCUCACGAUUUGUUGACAAGGUGUGCACCGAGGGUGGGGUGACUGCGGAUCAUGUCCGCUGCCUACACCAGAUGAUCCCCGGCGUGGUGCAUAUGCACUUGGAGACGUUGGACGCCGUAGCCCGCGAGAGCAGGCGACUGCCGCCCGUACAGAAGGCGCGUAUCGUGGCGCCGAGCAUGGUGGCGGGCGAGGCGGGCGCGGCGCCGGCGCCGGACGGCCGCGAGUCGCCGCUGCUGCCGGCGGAGGGCGCGCUCUUCCUCACCAACUACAGGCUCAUAUUCAAAGGCACGCCUAUUGAUCCCUUCGCGUGCGAGCAGACGGUGGUGCGGUCGUUCCCGCUGUGCGCGCUGACGCGGGAGAAGGCGGUGCGCGCGCACGGCCCGCAGCUGGAGCCGCUCGCUGACGGCCUGCAGCUCAGAGCCGCCACCUUCCAGCUCAUCAAGGUGGUGUUGGACGAGGAGGUGAGCGGCGAGCAGGCGGAGGCGUUUCGCAAGCAGGUGGCGCGGCUGCGGCACCCCGCCUCCGCCGUCAUGCACUUCGCGCUGGCGCCGCGCCCCGCGCCCCCGCCGCAGCUGCACGCCACCAAGCACCACACGCUCAAAGGUUUUGCAAAGAAGACUUUAUUAAAAACAGCGCGGCGUGCGGGUUUAAAGCCGAAGCCUUCAAAGCGCCAGAAGUACGUACUGCCAUCGGCGGACGCGCGCUCGCUGACGUCACCGCCCCUCAUGUCCUCGCUCUCCGCGGACACGCUCUCCUUGGAGGAGCUGGAGUUGGGCGGCGCGGAGAGUGCGGAGCCGCCGGCGGCGCGGACGUUGGAGCGCGUGCGAGAGCGCGUGUACGCACGGGACUGGGCGCGCCUCGGCCUCGCCAGCGCACCCUUCAGACUGACACACGCUAACGCCAUCUAUACACUCUGCAGAAGCUACCCGUGCGUGGUGGCGGUGCCGGCGGCGGUGAGCGCGGCGCGCUGCUACCGCCAGGGCCGCCUGCCCGCGCUCACCUGGCGACAUCCGCGCACGCACGCGCUGCUCGCAAGAUCGAGUGCUUCUCAUCAUAAAGGCGUGAUGGGUAUGCUGAAGGGCAGCAGUCAUCAGACGCCGGGCACCGCGCAGAGCGGCACAGAGCCCACCUCCAGCUUGGAACAGGAGCGGUACCUGAUGGCGCUGAUAGCUUGCACGCCGGCAGGACGCGGCGAGCUGGAGGCGUCCCUCAGCCUGGAGUCCCUACUCCUGCCUGAAGACCACCACACGCCGCUGCUCGCUAAAGGCACCGGCACGCUUGGGGUGUUGGGGCGUAACAGUGGCGGCAAAGGCGGCGCUGGGGCGGGGGCGGGGGCGGGGCGGCACUUCGGCCGCUGGGGCUCCCUCAAGGACCGCCGCCAGCCGUCGCACCUCGAGCUCUACGUGCCACGACAGCGACUCUCUACUGCGGAUCUUGAUUCUGUGUGUGGCGAGAGCGGCGGCGGGGGCGGGGGUGGGCGGCGCGCGGCGCUGUACGUGGUGACGGAGAAGGGCGGGGCUGGGGGCGUGUCGGGGGGCGGCGCGGAGGCGGGGGCGGUGCAGGCGGUGCCGGUGGAGUACCCCGACGCGCGCGCCACCAAGCACGCCUUUAAGAAGCUGCUGCGAGCCGCCGCGCCCUCCGCGCCGCCGCACCACGACCACCCCGGCUUCCUACGUCUGGUGGAGGAGUCAGGAUGGCUGUGGCAGCUGCGGCAGCUGUUCCAGCUGUCGGGUGCGGUAGUGGACCUGCUGGACCUGCAGGGCUCCUCCGUGCUGCUCUCGCUGGAGGACGGCUGGGAUGUCACCUCGCAGAUAUCUUCGCUAGCGCAGAUCUGCCUGGAGCCGUAUUACCGCACGCUGGAAGGGUUUAGGAUCCUGGUGGAGAAGGAGUGGCUGGCCAUGGGGCACAAGUUCCAGCAGCGCUCCAACCUCGCCGCCACCCCCCAGCAGGGCUUCACACCAACAUUCCUAAUGUUCCUCGACGCUGUGCAUCAGUUAUUGAAGCAGUUCCCGCUGGCGUUCGAGUUCAACGACUUCUACCUGCGGUUCGUGGCGUACCACAGCGUGUCGUGCCGCUUCCGCACCUUCCUGUUCGACAGCGAGGCGCAGCGCGCGGAGCUCGGCCUCGCGCACGCCGACGACCGCCGCCCUGACGCCUGCAGGCUGGGUGUGGAGACGGGCGCGGGCGGGGCCGCGGCGGGCGGCGGCGAGGAGGAGUGCGGGCGCGCGGCGGCGCAUGGCGUCUCGCUCUUCGACUACGUGGAGCGCGUGCACCAGCGCACGCCGCUCUUCUACAACUUCCUCUACACGCCCGACUUCGAUAACCCGGUGCUGCGGCCGGUGUCUGCGAUCAACUGCCUGGAGGUGUGGGAGUACUACGUGAGCGAGGAGCUGUCGCACGGGACGCCGUACGAGCUGGAGCUGGCGGCGUGCGGCGAGCCGGAGCCCCGCGCCGCGCGCCGCGUGCUCACCGCCGGCUACGACAGCGUGCAGCGCUGCUUGCCCGACGCCUUCAGCGGCCUGCUGGAGCGCGUGCGCCAGCUCGAGCUGGAGCUGGGACAUCUGCCGCAGAAGUGGCGCGUGCGCUGGGACCAGCUAGAGCUACCCAACACCCUGGAGUUACAGCGUAACGCGUCGAUGUGCAGCAGCGUGGUGCGGCGUGCGACGGCGGCGGCGCACCGGCGCAGCACGCUGGAGGUGCUGGUGCGCGGGCUGGCGGCGGCGCCCGCGCACGCCCCGCACGCGCCGCCCGCCGCGCCCGCGCACCGCUGGGCGCCCGCCGCGCACGCCGCGCCCGCGCGCUGCGACCACUGCGGAGAUCUGCUCUGGGGACCACUAGAGAGCGGCGUGCGGUGUGUGGACUGCGGCGCGGCGUGCCAUGAGCGGUGUGCGGAGACGUUCUCGCUGCCGUGCACCAAAUACAAGGCGCCGCCGCCUGACCGCGACCGCGAUCUGCGCACCAACGUGGCCAACAGUGUGGCGACGCUGCAGUCGUCGUCGCAGCAGUACUACGAGCAGUUCUCCUCCAACGUGGCGGAGGACCGCACGCACGAGGGACAUCUAUACAAGCGCGGUGCACUGCUCAAGGGGUGGAAACAACGUUGGUUCGUGUUGGACUCUAUCAAGCAUCAGCUGCGAUACUACGACGCGAUGGAGGACUCCCACUGCAAAGGAUUUAUUGACCUGGCGGAGGUGAUAACAGUGACGCAGGCAGCGCCGGCGCCGGGGCCGCCCAAGAAAUGUGACGACAGAUCUUUCUUUGAUUUACGAACGAGUCGACGGACGUACAAUUUCUGUGCGAGCGACGCGAACGCUGCGCAGGAGUGGAUAGAGAAACUGCAGGCCUGUCUGCAGUGAGCGGUCUCUGCGGUCUGCGGACUGCAGUGAGCGGUCUGCGGCUGCGGUCUGCGGUCUGCAGUGAGCGGUCUGCGGCUGCGGUCUGCGGUCUGCAGUCUCUGUGCGGACCAGACCGAACACAGGAUUGUAAAUAAAUUUCUGUCAAGACUAUACACAUUGCAGUGUUUAUGAUUUAAGUUGUACACAUGCCAUCUCUUCCUGUUUCUUUAAAGAAAAAAGAGACAACAUGUGUUACUGUAAUCGAAACUCAGAUUGUUUUUUUAUGUUCAUUAGAUAUUGAGUAAAUUGACGUAAGCUUUGAAAAUACCUCAAAAUUCUUUAAAAGCAAAGAAAUAUUCCAAAUUAAAAAGCAUUUUCUAAUUUUAAUCACGUAACAGUCACAAUUACUUUGGCGUUGGAUUUUAAACUUUAUGACAAAAAGAUAAGUGUUAAAAUUAAAUGAAGCAAAAGGGAAAAGAUCUAAAACAUGGAAAGCAACAAUCUUCCAUUUAAUUUGUUUGCUGACCUUGAGAUUAUUUUGUCAUUAAUUUUAUAAGUUGCAUUAUUUAUCUGUCUGUACAUUACAUACUAUAUUUUAAAUAGAUAAUUAAUUUUUUUUAUAUAAAAAUAACUCUUCACAUAUAUUUAAAGAUUUCUAAACAAUUAUAUUGCGUUUCCAUAAAACGGAAUUAUACAAAACUCAUAUAAUUGAGGUUAGAAAUGUUUUUGUAUGUGUUCUUGAAAUAUGGAAACUAUUUAUGAGAAAUCUUUAGAUUUUUUGUGAAGUGUUGGUAGUCUACGCUAGAUUUAACUAUAUUAUAUUAUUGUUACGUUAUGUAAAUAUUUUAUUAUUAAUUGUUGUGUAAAGUCUUCUGUUUUACUUUUUUUAAUACAUGUUAAUCGCAUUUAUAUUGUACCCGUGGCCUGACGUGUUUAUAAACAUACAGAAAAAUAUAUUACCUCCUUUUGGGAUUUCAAAAAUGAAUACAAUAUAUUGACUGAAAUUAAUACAAAAAAAAAUAGCACACUCAGAGUUAUUUAGGAAUUAAGGAAGCUCCUACGUUUAGAUUUAAGCUUAAAGUCAGAGGUUUUUAAAUAUUUUGGCUUGAAAUUUCGUUCUUACGCGUAGAACACCAUUUUUAGCGUAUAAAAAGCGCAGAUGAUUUUAAGCGGUUGAGAUAUUUAAAAAUACGCAUAGUUACAAUAGUUAAAUACUAAAGUAUCCCUUAGUGAGGGAAAACACUGAUAAUGAUUAUUUUAGCAGUUUUUUCAAGACUCUGAGUGAAAAAUUUUUAAGGACUGUGUUAUCGCGGGCCGCGGUCACCCGAGAUAUAACAAGCUUUAUAUCAUCACAGUGUAUAUGUUUCUUUGUAUGUUACAUCGUUGUUGUGUUAGAGUGGGUUUACACUGUCCACUUGCAUCAUAUUGCUAUCUCUUCAAUUCUCUUUGACAAAACAAAGACGGCAAUAUUGUACAAGUGUGAGUGGAAUUCUACGUUAUUACAAGAGAUGUUGGGAAUCUCGAGAUUUUGUUAUGUGUAACGUUUUGUAUAUAGGACUGUUUGUGUUGACAUAUCACAUGAUGCGGGGUUUAUUGUGUUGAUUAUUGUGCGUUUACAUUGACGAAACAACAAAAAACAUGUCUCUUCUGUUGGGAUAAACUUUUAUGUUAGAAUACAGUAUGCAUGAAAUCUAUGACGCAGAAAUAAUUCAAGUAAGAAAAAUGUGGAAUACAUUACUCGCUUAUGUAAAGACAAAAUCAGUUAGACAUUUAACUAUGAAUGAAAUUUAGCUGAAAUAAGGGUUUUUGUUUACUUUGUGUUAGUAAAAUCAAUUUGGCAAAUCAAAAUUUACCGUCCGUUACUAAUCACUUUCCAAUGUAUUUUCAAAAUUCGCUACAAAUUUGUGCCAAAACGCAUGAUGUGCACUAAAUUUGCUCAGAAUCAUUUCGUACAAAAUUAUAUUAAAAGCUUUAUUUAUUACCUCACUUAGUCAAUGAACAAAGGGAGCCCCUUGUUUGGACUCUUGACUCCAAAAAGGGCGCUCUGAUGAACUUUUAGAAAUUCAUAAUAAGUUUUGUAAUAAAAUACUAAAUUAUUUAAACUAAUUUUUAAACUAUCCCUAAUUCUGCAAUGGACUGUAUAAUUCACAAAUAUUUUUAAGGAUUACAAGCUUGACGACCAAUUUAGAAAAUCAUUUAGUGCCCUCCUGGUUGACCUUCAGCUGCUACCAAUUAACUUAGCUGCGUAAUUACUUUCUCAAGGAUUGACAGCUAGGGUCACCUGAAGACCCUGACUUUCAGCAUAAGGUUGUUUACUUGUAGAAACUGGAUUCAUCACAAAAGUGCCACUCUAACUUCACGCACAUGUUUCUGUAACAACCUUACUGACUCACUAAACUCAUUCAAUAUCCGGCUCGAAGGACCAUAUGGGCUCCUGACUCCAAAAAGGGCGCUCUUAUGAACUCUCACAAAUUAAUUGGUUUUGUAAUAAAAUACUAGUUUUCCGUGACUUAUUUUGUUUAUUUGUGACAGUUGAUAUUUUCUUUUUUCCUUAUAAAAGCGAUACAAACUCAUUAAUAUAAUUAUAAUUUUUGCCGAGAAAUUCUUUAUCUUUCUUAGUGUAGAUUUUAAUAGUUAAAUCAACACUAAGGGAGAUCAUUUGCAAUGUGUGGGGCAGUAAAUCUUGUCUGACAUAUCUUAUCUCUUAUGCUUAUGUUAGCUUCGCUUAGAGCCGCCUUGGCCGCUGUAUGUCCACGUGUCGUGUUCGUGUCUGUUCGUUGGUAAUGUUGAGAAGCGCAGAAUGUAAGCACUGUGUACAAUGGAAUUAAACGAGAUUUUUAAAUUGA